AUCAGAUCAUUGGUGUUAUGUCAUCAGACAGACCCAAUUCUGCCUCAGCUAGCUCAUCCCAGUCAUCAUCUCGAGCCAGCACUCCAAAGCCUCAGGCAAUCGAUGAUCCAAUGCAAGCACUAGAUGAGACUGCUUUUGUGUCACGUGAUCUCCUCAUGCGUACUCCAGCACCAAAGGAAAAAUAUGCUCCGUCGCCAGUAAAAUCUUCCGCUACACAUAAUCGUGAUGAUGACGAUGACGACGAUGACACAUUAAAACAUUCCUCAACAAUGACACAACAAAAGCAUUCAGAAACCAAGUCCUUAGAUCGAUCUGGUAGACUAUUAGAAACAAUCCUGAAUCAAACGAACGAGCCAUUAAGUGUAGCAAAAGUAAAAACUUCUCUCUUCCCUCCCUCCCCUGAGGAGCAACUCAAUAGCCCUUUCUCAAAGAUGUUACAGGCGUCGCAGUUACACGACAUGGACUCCCCUAUGUCCAAAUCGGCUUUAAAUGGAAGUAUGUUCGACAAGGAUGAGCUGUUGUUGUCUCCUUUUGCAUUYGAAACUCCAAAACUUUCACGUGUGUCUGUGGCUGGCGAGGACGAAGGCAUUUUGGAGYUUCAUGAGCCGACAUUGUUAACUCCUUUCUCUUUCGUUACUCCAUUAACCAAGGAGAAUUCGAAAAGAACUGAAAAUCCAGCGGCAGGUUUAUCGCCAUUUUACACCACUUUAAAAAGUGACAAUGAAGGGCCAACGACCGAGCCUUGUGGAAUGCCUAGUAAAGUAAAUGGGACAGACUCAAUUAAAAAGACUGUCACACCUUCGACAGCAUCAAAAGUGAUGCUGAGUGAUGCUUUAGAGGAAAAGCUACGGUUAAACAAUGAAAAGCUAAUCAAUCAAAUAGAAACACCUAGUCAUAGGAUUACCACGUCAUCCUUUAGUCAUUUCAACACACCAUCCUUAACUGUUGCGUCUCCAAGUUUUGGUUCUCACACCCAARCGAAUAGCCGUAUUGAUGAAGCUGCGGCAUGUAAGCUCAGCCCUCAGAUCAGUCUUUUUGAGCCCACUAUAGAGCGUGAUGGAGARGGGAGUUUGAUACUAUCGGAGGAUGAGACGGGUCACCGAUUGGAUAAAAAGAACUCUCCAUUUGGAGGACUGGAGAUAAGUGAUAAUGAAGAUUUUGAGGGCCGUGAGAAAACCCCGUUGAAAGAAAAUCCUGUAAGUGAGAGUUCUUUCAAGGARAUGAAGGAUUCUGACUUAAUGAGCAGGUUGAACAAAAUCAAACAAGCGCAACAGCGCUACGAUUUCAUGCACUCAUCACCAGGGCGUGGCGCAUCCAAGACAGACCUAGAAAGUCCUGGGGCGGAAGAACGUAAUGGAAGUACGAGUACUUCAGCUACCGGGAGUGUUGCUAUGGAAACGUUACAGCCAAGAAGAUCAGAUCAAKCACAGGUACUCCCUGCCGCUGACUUUCCUGUCGCCUUGGAAACCAGUUUCACUGGGGCAGACUCACCCCUUACAACAACAAGAAUUAAUGGUUCUCUAGAACCUCUCAAUAGUGAGGCUGGAGCRAAAUCCUCAUUGGAAAUAUUAACCAAAGGUUCGACUACAGAAGCCGCUGAAACGUCCAGUAAUGGUUCGACUCCACUGUCGAUGCUAAGUGAAAGAUUUCUUCUCAAGUCUCCRUUCGGAGUUGAGAAAGAUGACUAUCUGAACGAUUCCCCUUUGCACCGGGUGUUUACUCUAGACUCUCCUAUGGCCUCCCCUGAUGUGCAACAUGAUAAUUUAACCACAAAGUUUGGUGUUCCUAUAGAAGGCCAGACUUUUUACUCCCCCAAGGGAACUCCGGAYCCUGGCACCACACGGUUGGGCGACAAGUAUAGUGAGUCGAUAUCAAAAGACUUGAACAUUAAACACGAUUUUAGUCCGACUGUGGAACACUUGGGAAACCGUUCUACACUGUUAUCUACGGCGAGUGAUCAGAAUGGAAUCGAGGAUUCCUGGAUGUCAAGUCAUACCACGCCCAAAGGGCUAACGAUAUCUGGAGACCGUAGACUCAGCUAUGACAAUUUCUUAAAUGAAAGUAUGGAUUCCUCGUUUCUUGUCCAAAACACACCUUUCGUUCCUCGAAUUCCUAAAAGUUCACAAGGYGGUUCACCAGAAACUGUCAAUGGAACAAGCCUAACACACUCGCCCUCUUACGACACUUAUGAACAGUCAGAAAACACCCCUUCMAAUUUAAUGACUGCUGCAAGAUCUCCAGCAGUUGGACAGCUGAUAGAUCUGUAGCACUUAAAACUUAUACUAGUUUCAUAUAACUUGAUACUAGCCUUAUUGAAGUGAAUUGUAUAUUUUAAUACUGAACGAAGAUGUAGUUUGCUAUAUAGACUAAGCUCUAGUUUUCAUAAAACAGUUCUUUGGUUUGAAUCCAGUUCAGUUUUUAUGAUGUACAAUAUUGUACCAUACUAUUUCUUAUGAAUUAGAGACUAUGGAUASUUUGCCAUUAUACUCGACUUUGAUCGUAUGUUAUGCAUAUUACCACGGUGGAAAUCACAUGACCAUUUAAGAGUCAACGUCAUUUCGAUUUUUUUGGGAUUCGAGUUAUGGCAUCAAACUGAAAAAUUCUCCGCAUAAUUAGAGAUUGGUGAUAACAAAAGGCAAAGGGCUGUUACCCGCAGACAAACAAAACUUAAAAAAAGCUUUAUCCCUUUCGAAAUUUAAGCAACCCUGCCUAAUUUGCCGCACUAAAAAACUAGUAUGGAGGCUUUGCACCAUCUCUUAAUGGAAGCCAUGACAGGAGGCAGGAACAAUUGAAUCUGGUCUAAUCUGAUUUACAUGAGAAAGAAUUCAGCUUCCUUGGGAAAAAGGACAUGUGCCUCSUGUCAUGGCUGCCAUCACCUAACGGUGCAAAGCCUCUAUUCUCUCCAGGGUAUUUCCCUAGAAACAGAUAUUGCAAUAAAGAUUAAUUAAUGUGUGUUCAGUAGUACCUGUACAUAGUUUUAUCAUKUGUAACAACUCGAGGAGAUGUUGUACCUCGCACAAAUAAAUUAAAAGUAUAAACUUGU